UCCUUUGGGCAACUUCUGGGAGGGGUAAUGGGUGAGGGAUGAAAGCCCUGCCAAGUGGCAGGAGGCCCCGCUGGGGCUGCCCCUCAAAGAGUGCAGUGGAGGAUGUGGAAUGAGAAGUGACUGCCCCUCUGGUUCCAUCUGUCACAGAGCCCAGGGUGCUUCCUUCCUCCCCCACCCCCCUCAGAACACACCCAUUACAUGCUGGACAGCAGCCCCCUUACUGGGCCUGGGACAUCCGUGUCCCUCUGUGCACAGGCUUCACAUCCUUUGGGUGCAAUGUAAGAACCCUUGGUAGGUGAGAAGCCAAGGUCCCAAAGGCGAGCAGCAGGGAAAGUUAACUCCCAUCUAUUCUUGCUCCAGGAGAAGGCCUUUGAUGAGGAAGCUGCCAAAAGCAGCAAAUACAACUCCAGUCACAGGCAGCAGGAAGGAGAGCCACCUCUGCCACCGUGGUCCACAAACCAUGAGCUCCUACUCUGCUGUGAUGGUGGGCUCAGUGGGGAUAGCUCUGACCAUACCUCAUGGAGUCACUGUCAACCCCCUGGCUGCACAGUCUUUGUGCACUGGUUCUCUGGAGUGAGGUCUUUGCAAACAAAGUGGAAAGGGCACCAACUUUGGACUCCAGCACCUAGAUUCAGAGCAGGUCAUUUCACUCAGAAUCUGCUGUGCAUCUGCAUGGGGGAAUCAUAAAGGCUCCUUUGUUUCUUCCCAGUAUUGACAACCCUUCCAGUAAGAGCAAGCCUCAUGUCAUGCCACAUGUACAAUCUGAGGUCAAGGGCCCUCUUUCCCUUUUUCAUCCUCCUGCUGGUACACAAUAGGUGUUUACUGGAUGCUUGUCCCGUUGAGUUCUUGAACAUGGUAAAAGGAAUCUUUCCAAAUCGAAUCUUCGGAAACACUGAGCUUGUGCCUGCCAUGGAAUUCUGAAUUCUAUAUGACGUCUUUGCAAACAUAAAACCUGAAUCUUUGCAAUAUAAAUCCCUUGAAAUGCAUGUAGGCUGAACAUUAAAAGCAAGCAGUAUCUUCAGGGAACAGCUAGUUGGUAAGGUCAGUGUGCAGGGUGCAUAAAGGGCAGAGGUCGGAGGGGAUCCUGGCUAAGUUUAGAAGGCUGCCAGGCAGGUGAAGGCUGCCAGGCAGGUUAAGGCCGGUGGAAAGAAUUCGGUAGGGAGUGAGGAGUCCGCCUAGGAUUCAUUCAGGUUUACUGGUCCGCAUGUGACAAGAAGGACCCAGGAAACACUGAAAAGGCGGGCCCAGCAGAACUCCCACGCAGGGUGAGAGGGGGGAGAGGAGGUGCCUCCAGAGCGCCGGCCGCCUUCCACCCAGUUAGGAUUUGGGAAUUUUUUUUCUUCCCUCUGCGCGUGAUCUGACGCUGUUUGGGGAGGGCGAGGCCGAAACCUGAUCCUCCAGUCCGGGGGUUCCGUUAAUGUUUAAUCAGAUAGGAUCGUCCGAUGGGGCUCUGGUGGCGUGAUCUCCGCGCCCCAGGCUUCAAGCACCCACACCCUAGGUUUCUGCAGUGGCGUCGAGGCGCGCAGGGUUGCAGGCGGGCGUCGCCGCUCAGUUCAGGGUCUGAGCCUGGAGGAGUGAGCCAAGCAGCGAGACUGUCUUGGGCCGGGACGCGUCGUUGCAGCGCACAGCUCCCACCAAGGACUUCGCGCGCCCCUUCGCACGCCCUGACCCUGAACUCCAGCUCCUGCACAGUCCUCCCCACUGCAAGGCACAAGGCGCCGCGGGCGUGGAUUGCGCACAGCUUCUAGGUCUCUUCGCCAGGACCGCAGCCUCUCCUCUGGCCCUGAUGGGCACCGUCAGCUCCAGGCGGCUGUGGUGGCCGCUGCCGCUGCUGUUGCUGCUGCUCCUGGGCCCCACAGGCACCCGUGCGCAGGAGGAGGACGACGACGACUACGAGGAGCUGGUGUUAGCCUUGCGUUCCGAGGAGGACGGCCUGGUCGACGCGCUCCAGCACGGAGCCACCGCCACCUUCCAUCGCUGCGCCAAGGACUCCUGGAGGCUGCCUGGCACCUAUGUGGUGGUGCUGAAGGAAGAGACCCACCGCUCGCAGCCAGAGCGCACCGCCCGCCGCCUGCAGGCCCAAGCUGCCCGCCGGGGAUACCUCAUCAAGCUCCUGCAUGUCUUCCACGACCUUCUUCCUGGCUUCCUGGUAAAGAUGAGCCGUGACCUGCUGGAGCUGGCCCUGAGGUUGCCCCAUGUCGACUACAUCGAGGAGGACUCCUCUGUCUUUGCCCAGAGCAUCCCGUGGAACCUGGAGCGGAUUACCCCUGCGCGGUACCGGGCGGAUGAAUACCAGCCCCCCAAUGGAGGCAGCCUGGUAGAGGUGUAUCUCCUAGACACCAGCAUACAGAGCGGCCACCGGGAAAUCGAGGGCAGGGUCAUGGUCACUGACUUUGGGAGUGUGCCCGAGGAGGACGGGACCCGCUUCCACAGACAGGCCAGCAAGUGUGAUAGCCACGGCACCCACUUGGCAGGGGUGGUCAGCGGCAGGGACGCUGGUGUGGCCAAGGGCGCCAGCCUACGCAGCCUGCGCGUGCUCAACUGCCAAGGGAAGGGCACAGUCAGCAGCACCCUCAUAGGCCUGGAGUUCAUUCGGAAAAGCCAGCUGGUUCAGCCCGUGGGGCCGCUAGUGGUGCUGCUGCCCCUGGCGGGUGGGUACAGCCGGGUCCUCAAUGCCGCCUGCCAGCGCCUGGCGAGGGCUGGGGUUGUGCUGGUCGCCGCUGCCGGCAACUUCCGGGACGAUGCUUGCCUCUACUCCCCAGCCUCGGCCCCCGAGGUCAUCACAGUUGGGGCCACCAAUGCCCAGGACCAGCCAGUGACCCUGGGGACUUUGGGGACCAACUUUGGCCGCUGUGUGGACCUCUUUGCCCCAGGGGAGGACAUCAUUGGUGCCUCCAGCGACUGUAGUACCUGCUUUGUGUCUCGGAGUGGGACAUCACAGGCUGCUGCCCAUGUGGCUGGCAUUGCAGCUAUGAUGCUGUCUGCCAAGCCGGAGCUCACCCUGGCCGAGUUGAGGCAGAGACUGAUCCACUUCUCUGCCAAAGAUGUCAUCAAUGAGGCCUGGUUCCCUGAGGACCAGCGGGUACUGACCCCCAACCUGGUGGCCGCCCUGCCCCCCAGCACCCAUGGGGCAGGUUGGCAGCUGUUUUGCAGGACUGUGUGGUCAGCGCACUCGGGGCCUACGCGGAUGGCCACAGCCAUGGCCCGGUGUGCCCCAGAUGAGGAGCUGCUGAGCUGCUCCAGUUUCUCCAGGAGUGGGAGGCGGCGGGGCGAGCGCAUCGAGGCCCAAGGGGGCAGGCGAGUCUGCCUGGCCCACAAUGCUUUUGGGGGGGAGGGUGUCUACGCCAUUGCCCGGUGCUGCCUGCUACCCCAGGCCAACUGCAGCGUCCACACAGCUCCACCAGCUGGGGCCGGCAUGGGGACCCGUGCCCACUGCCACCAGCAGGGCCACAUCCUCACAGGUCACUGUGACUUGCGAGGAGGGCUGGACCCUGACCGGCUGCAGUGCCCUCCCUGGGACCUCCCACAUCCUGGGGGCCUAUGCUGUAGACGACACAUGUGUGGUCAGGAGCCGGGACGUCAGCACCACAAGCAGCACCAGUGAAGAGACUGUGGCCACCGUUGCCAUCUGCUGCCGGAGCCAGCACCUGGUGCAGGCCUCCCAGGAGCUCCAGUGACAGCCCCACCUCAGAACGAGUGCCCGGGGAGUGUCAGGGGCUGAGCUUUCAAAUGGUUCUGACUUGCCCCUA